AUGUCGGAACACAUUGCCGCGCCGCGCAUCACUGCGCCCAGCCUUGAUACCUUUGUCAACAAGCACGUCAGCAUCGUCGGCAAAGUCACCCAGCUGCGCGGCGAUCAGGCCACCAUUGACGCCGACGGCAAUGUCACCAUUCUUCUGAACCGGGAAGCGCAUCUCACCAACGGCAACGCCGCCCUCUUCAUCGGCAAAGUCAACCCCGACCUGUCCAUCAAGGCUCUAAGCUCCCGCGACGUCGGCACCAACGUCGACAUGGGUCUCUGCACACAGGUCGCCGAGGCCGCCCAGCGACACAAGACCAUCUUUGGCGGCGACAACUGA